CCUGACAUCUCAUUCAUCAUCGGUUUCAUCGUUGUCACCCCAGCCGUCGGUUUCACGCGCUAACCGCGCGCUCCUGGAGCGACUAAUAGGUGGACGUUGUCACUCGUACACGUGUAGCAGUGUCUGUAUUAUCGUACAAUGUGGCGUUUUCUGUCGACUUAAGCAAUACUUUCCCGUGAGGUGAAGCGUGAACCAACGUCUCGUGGUAUGGGAGAGACACGGAGGUCAGACGAACGGUGGGCUGUCAGCAAUUAUGUCGGAGUAAAACGAGCCUACCGCCGCGUUGACAGCUGUCUAUCCAUAUUAUAGCACCGAUCGACUUCAAGUUGAAUCAUGCCUGGGAAACUGAAGGCCAAAAUAGUGGCAGGACGCCACUUGCCUGUGAUGGACAGAGCUAGUGACCUGACAGAUGCUUUUGUGGAGGUCAAAUUUGGAAACACAACCUUCAAAACAGAUGUCUGUCCAAAAUCUCUCAAUCCACAGUGGAAUUCAGAAUGGUUUAAAUUUGAGGUUGAUGAUGAGGACUUGCAGGAUGAGCCUUUGCAGAUUACAGUAUUGGACCACGACACUUACAGUGCAAACGAUGCUAUCGGCAAAGUGUACAUUGAUAUCGACCCGCUGCUGUACAGUGAGGCUGCUUCUGUCAUCUCUGGCUGGUUUCCCAUCUAUGAUACAAUCCAUGGUAUUCGUGGCGAGAUCAAUGUUCUUGUGAAAGUGGAGCUCUUCAAUGAUUUGAAUCGCUUCAGACAGUCAUCAUGCGGAGUCAAGUUUUUCUGCACAACGUCCAUACCAAGGUGCUACCGAGCAGCUAUGGUGCAUGGGUUUGUAGAGGAACUCGUGGUGAACGAAGAUCCGGAGUAUCAGUGGAUCGACCGUAUUAGAACUCCCCGAGCGUCCAAUGAGGCUCGUCAGAGACUCAUUUCCCUCAUGUCUGGGGAACUGCAGCGGAAAAUAGGGUUGAAGGUACUGGAGAUGGGUGGGAAUGCAGUGGUGGGCUACUUGCAGUGUUUUGACCUGGAGGGGGAGUCGGGCCUGGUGGUCCGGGCCAUUGGAACCGCCUGCACACUGGAUAAAAUCAGCUUCGGAAGUGCACCCAACACGAACACACACACGCACCCGAACACAGCUCCUGCUUCUAACGCCUGCAAUUCUCCUUCAAAGGAUGGAAAGGAGCCGGUAUUUGGUGAGGAUCUGCCCUCGUCCUCCGGCCCGCCUACCCCUUUCAGAGCCCUCCCCACCUCCUCCUCCUCUCCUCCCCCCUUCUCUCCCUCCAAGCCAUGCAGCCGCCAGUCCUCAUCAUCAGACACAGACCUCAGUUUGACGCCCAAGACGGGAAUGGGCAGCGGGGGCAGUGCUGGCAAGGAGGCAGGGCCCCUGAAGACUCUGCUACGACAGCAGACUCAGACUGCUCUUGAGCAGAGGGGAGCGUCUUCCUCUGGGUUAUUUUUAAACACCAGGGAGUUCCCCUUCUUCACCUUGACAUCCUUCCCACCUGGUUUUCUGGUUCACGUUGGCGGAGUGGUCAGCGCCCGGUCUGUAAAAUUACUGGACCGUAUACACAACCCUGCCUUGGGUAACACGCGCUCAUACAAACUGCUAGACUGGAAUAGUGUCACUGCAGAUGAGCCAGAGACGCGCGACGCCUGGUGGGAGGAGAUUCGCCAGGAAAUCAAGUCUCAUGCCAAAGCUCUCGGUUGCCACGCUGUUGUGGGAUACAGUGAGAGCACGAGCAUUUGUGAGGAGGUGUGCAUUUUGUCAGCGUCUGGCACAGCAGCCAUCCUGAAUCCUCGAUACAUGCGUGAAGGUUGCCUGGACAUAGGAAGCACCGACCACAGGUUAUUUACGUUUGAGGAGCCGUCUCCGCCGAGCUGCGGCUUCUGCCACAUCCCGUACGAUGAGCUCAACAUGCCAUUUCCUGCCCAGCUCACCUAUUGUUACCACUGCAGACGGCAAAAGGUUCCAGAUGUGCUUUUCACAACAAUUGAUCUUCCACCAGAAGCAGCUGUCACUGGAAAAGGCUGCCUGAUCCAGGCCAGACUGUGUCGCCUGAAGAAGAAAGCCCAGGGAGAAGUGAACGCGACGGCGAUCUCCAACCUGCUGCCUUUCAUGGAAUACGAGCUGCACACUCAGCUGAUGAAUAAACUGAAGCUGCGGAGCAUGAACGCCCUCUUUGGCUUGCACAUCCAGAUCAGCGUCGGGGAGAACAUGCUCCUGGGCCUGGCGUCUGCAACAGGAGUAUACCUGACGGCCCUGCCUACGCCUGGAGGCAUCCAGAUUGCUGGCAAGACCCCGGGUGACCUGAGCAAUGAGCACCACGUCUUGACUAUUCAGAAAAGGAUCAAUGACACCAUAGCCAAGAACAAAGAGCUCUAUCAGAUAAACCCUCCGGAGCUGACGGAAGAAAUGGUGGGUUCUCCGAUCCCCGAGCCGAGGCAGCGGUCCAGACUCCUGCGCUCACACUCGGAAAGCUCGGACGAACUGUCAGAACUGGAUCUGUCCCACGGAAAAAAGGAUGCCUUCGUCCUGGAGAUUGAUGAUACGGAUGCUGUGGAGGACAUCCACUCGCUCCUCACUGAUUCAUCUCCUCCUACAGGCUUCUACAGCUGUAACACUGAGAUCAUGCCUGGGAUUUAUAACUGGACUUCAGGAAUACAGAUGUUUACAUCAGUGAGAGUCUUUAGAUUGAGCCAUGCCAAUCUUACUAAUCAAGGCUUGAACAAGAUCUUCACUGACCUGUGUGAGAAUCUGCUGAAGAGUUUUUACUUUAAGCUGCGCUCGAUGAUCCCCUGCUGCCUUUGCCAUCUCAACUUCACUGUCGCCGUGCCAGAGGAUGAACUCAUACAGGUCACAGUGACGGCAGUCGCCAUGACCUUUGACAAGGAUCAGACUCAAGACAAGCUGACUGACAAACCAGCCAACAAGGGUUGCGGUGAAACUGAGGAGCAGCUGCAGUUUCCUCUGGAGUUGUGUGCAGACUCUUCAUCAAACACUCAGCCGUCGUCCAAAGUCUCAGCAGGUGUUCCAGAGAGCACCGCCGUCUCAUCCAGAGACAGAUGCAGCACCUGGCUAGAGCUGCUUAGGCUGAAAGCUCACACCAUAAGACGAGGAUCAGUUAAGACAAUCUCGUCGUUGGAGCGCAGCAGUCCGCUGCCUGAGGGACGCUCCCGCUCGCUGCGCUCCAGCCGCUCGUUCGGGGGAAGCUCGGUAACCGUGGUGAAGAUGACGCCGCUCUCCUUCCUCCCCGGGACGCGCAUCAUCAAGUACCUUGGGAUCAUCAACAUGUUUUUCAUCAGAGAGACGACGUCAUUGCGAGAAGAAGGCGGCGUUAGCGGCUUCCUCCAUUCGUUCAUAGCAGAGGUGUUUGCGAUGGUUCGAGCCCACGUAGCAGCACUGGGUGGCAAUGCAGUUGUGUCCUACAGCAUGAAGGAGUGUGUGUUCAUGGAAAACCCAAACAAGAACCAGGCUCAGUGUCUGAUUAAUGUGAGUGGAGAUGCGGUCAUCUGCGUCAGGGAAACAGACCAGGAAGCAGCAGCCUCCGUGACAAACAUCGGCCAGACGUCUGGAAGUGGAACUGAUGGGGCGACAUGACAGUGAAGCUCUGCAGGAGAUGCUCUCCGAUUGAAGAAACUAUCUCAGUCUAGCCGUCCAAAUCUGAAUGAUCAUUUGCCUUAAAACUCUCUCAAACAAAACCCAAAGGUUUGGACAAAAGUGAUAAAAUUCCUAAUGCACUCGGAAACUUAGUCUGUAUUAAUGUGGGACAGAUGGCUGUUUCUCUUUAUGUUGUUUGUGUUUAAAGGGAGCAUUUGUGCAGAAGGUAUGGAUUUAGAUACUUAAGAAUUCGGUGAUUUGAGAGUAUUUACAAAACUUGUGGGUGAAACUCCCCCGAAUCAGCCCUCUGCAUUUAGUUCUCUGUAUUCCAGCCAUUUAUAUUGAAGUCACCCGACGACUGCGGUACAGCGGCCAUCCGUCUGUGUGGGCAUGAAUGACACUUUAGGCAGCUAAUAAUAAUUUGUCCAUCCACACAUAGCAGACUUCAUCCAGCAGCCAUACUAAAAGGGACAUGCUUGUCAACAGCUGGAUGAUUUCAGUACAGCCAGUUUUCCUGCAGUGUUCGCUCCUGUUUAUUUUUCGGUAACUUUCAGAUUGAAAGCCUCUCUAUUUCCGAUCUGAUUGGCCUGAGUCUGUCUCAUGAGAGUAUUCGGAUUUCAACAGACUGGAGCUUUUCCUGCAAGUUCAGUUUGCAUUAGAAAUGGAUGCUGGGUUUCAAAUAGUUGGAAAUAUUAAAUCUGUUGGCUUUUUUUUCCCUAUCUUAUUUAGAUUUUGUAUUGAAGUUGUUUUGGGAAUAUUUUUUACAUUUGGUCACAGUAUUGCCCAAAGACAGUAAACCUGUAGACAUGACUUCUUCCAACAAGAUUAAAAUCCUGAUGAUUUGUCUUGUUUUUAUUUAUGAGGACAAUUUGAAAAACUGGCAUCCACAAAAACAAACAGGCCAAAAUGUUCCCUGUUGAGAUGGAACAUGUACUCUACUUGCUCUUUUUAAUUAAAACUACUAGAGUUUAUUAAUUUUUCUUAAAAUGAUAAAUCCAUAGUAAGUCUGAUUUCAAUAAAUUUACUUGUGGUGUGAGUGGGGAUGAUGGUGAUGGGUAUAAUGUCAAAUGGAUUUAAAUAAAGCUAUAGGUUGUAAUAAAAGCACCAAGGAUGUGUCCUUGGAUGAAUUUUAUGAGAUGCUUAUGUUUUAUUAAAACCAUCAGAUCUGUGUUUUGAAGCUACUCCUGCCUCUCAUGCGAUGUACUUCCUCUUCUUGAUGAAUCAAAAAGUUUGUGUCAAAUUUCCUAAAAGUUUGUGGAGCUUCGUCACUGUUUCUUAUGAUACUGAUGUUACAGGUUAUGCUGGAAAAAGGGCAUCUUUCAGUGUUGGCGCCCCCUGAAAAGACACUGUGUAAAUGUUCUCAUGAAUCAGAUUGAGUAUUUUUGUAACAAAGAUUUAUGGAUCUUAGAGCUCACUUUGCUUGUGCAAUGAAUUCACGAUUUUCUUUUGAGUCACUGUGUUGGAGAUUUAGUGGUACUCUAAUCAUUUUAUGUGAUCAGUUUCCUAUAUUUGUGUCUAAAACUUGAAUGUAUAUACUUGGAUGCUUUGGCUUUUUGAUGGACAGCAUGCAGACCAACUUUUUAUUGCCAUGAACCUGUAUGCUUGCCUGGUAAGUCUUGCACAAUAAACUCAAGUCAAACCAA